AUGGACCACAACACGCAACAGCAGACCUUCACCAACGGAGCCGGCGCAGGAACAGCCCCUGGAACUGCCGGCUCUUCCAAGGCUCCCCUCGAAGCCGGCUUCAAGCCGCAGCAGAACAUGGUCGUCAUCCCUCCCAAGAAGGAGGACCUCCAGCCCAGCUAUGCUACCGUUGUCGGUGCUGACCCUAACCCCCGAGGAUGGUACGGCACCAUGAUCAACGCUCUCGGAGCUAUCGUUGGAACUAUGGGUGCUAUUCCUUGCUGCAUCGUCUGCCCUAACCCCUACAAGAGCGUGGGCCAGGGCAACGUUGGUCUUAUCACCAAGUUUGGCCGCUUCUACAAGGCUGUCGACCCCGGUCUGGUCAAGGUCAACCCGCUCAGCGAGCGCCUGAUCCAGGUCGAUGUCAAGAUUCAGAUUGUUGAGGUCCCCCAGCAGGUUUGCAUGACCAAGGACAAUGUCACUGUCCACCUCACCUCGGUCAUAUACUACCAUAUCGUCAGCCCCCACAAGGCCGCCUUCGGUAUCGCCAACGUUCGCCAGGCUCUGAUCGAGCGCACCCAGACCACCCUGCGACACGUCGUGGGAGCUCGCAUUCUGCAGGAUGUCAUUGAGCGACGAGAGGAGAUUGCGCAGUCGAUUGGCGAAAUCAUUGAGGAUGUUGCCGCUGGAUGGGGUGUCAAGGUGGAGAGCAUGCUCAUGAAGGACAUUGUCUUCAGCCAGGAGCUCCAGGAGUCCCUGUCCAUGGCCGCCCAGAGCAAGCGCAUUGGUGAGAGUAAGAUCAUUGCUGCCAAGGCAGAGGUCGAAUCCGCCAAGCUCAUGCGACAGGCUGCCGAUAUUCUGUCCUCGGCUCCUGCCAUGCAGAUCCGCUACCUCGAGGCUAUGCAAGCCAUGGCCAAGAGCGCCAACAGCAAGGUCAUCUUCCUGCCGGCUGCCAACCAGACGAUGCCCGGCAGUCCGGCGUUCAACGCCGCCAUGAACAAUGCCUCCCCAUACGACGGCGAGCACCAUGGCGAGUCGAGCACUUUUGGAGGUGGGGACCCAGGUUUCCAACAAGCCAUCAACGCUCGCAUCGUCGAGAACAUCUAA